AUGGCAGAACAGCAUCCUGGCUGUACUGGAGAACGCGGCCCAGCUGCGGAUGGGCUCGAGUCAGGCUCGGACGCUGGUGUGACCCACUGCGAGGAUUUAUGGUUUGAAGAUGGCACCGUCGUCUUGCAAGCGGAGUCGACUAUCUUCAAGGUACACCGAACGAUACUUGCCAGGAACUCCACGUUCUUCAAAGACAUGUUCUCCAAUGCGGAGCCGGAUAAAGGAGAGCAGCACAAUGGAUGUCCUUUGAUCAUCGUUCAGGAUAAAUCUAGUGAUAUGACCUUGUUCUUGAAAGCUAUGUACACACCAGGGUACUCUGAAUCACUGAAGUUGUUUAUCGAGAUCGCCUCCUUGCUUAUGAUAGCGUCCAAGUAUGGUUCGAAGUACUUUCGCGCCUUAUCGACCGAUAAACUGCGCACCGUCUGUCCCACUACAUUUGCUGCAUGGGAUCGCAAUGCUUCCGUGCUCGAACCUGGAAAGAUGAUCCAGCUGGCUCAACAGUGCGACCUCCGCAAGUUCUUGCCCGCAAGCAUGUAUGCCUGCUGUCAGUUGGGCGAUGCAUACAUCGUCGACAACAUUUCGAAUCGUGACCUUGUCAAGUUCUGCUUGAUAGGGCGUCAGAAAAUUAUUGAUACUUGA